AGAAGGGGUCAAGCCCUCCCCCUUUCUAUGGCUCCUUUAGUUCAGUGUUGCUCGUAAAGUUGCUUCGGAACUUUCUGUGCAACUAAAAGGACUUGUAUUGGGUCGACAGAAGCUCCACAAUGGUCCGAGCACAUAUCAGUGUGACAACAAUACGGCAGCUCAUUGAACUGAAGAUACCAUCCAUCAGUGUACACAGGAACCUGGCAUGUUUGCAUCGUGCUGUGGGUGGAGUCCGGUGGAAGAGCAGCUAUAGACAAGCCCCCCUACUGACCGCUGCUCCUGUUCGCGCCCUCGUAGAUGAACAGAUCAGCAUUAAAGGACGUUUUCUGCCUCCACACUGUCCUGUCACAGUGUGUGCACAAAUGCACAGUGAGGAUGGAGACCUGUGGGAGGCAUUCGCACAUUAUAAAACAAAUGCAGAUGGCACUCUCAACUUGACCAGGGAUCAUUCAGUCGGAGGUUCAUAUUCAGGCUGUGAGCCGAUGGGACUGUUCUGGGGACUGCAGCCGGCUCCUGGUGGAAGAGAAGGUUUGAGGCUGAGGAAGAAAAAUGUAGAGACUCCAUUCGUCGUGCACAUGUCCUUACUGGAGGGCCAUGUUUCACCCAGUGAGAGACCGAGCACUGAGCUUGCUGCAGUAACUACUGAGCGCUGGUACAUGGCACCGGGCGUACAGAGAAUAGAUAUUAGGCAGGAUGGAGUUGUAGGGACAUUGUUUUUACCGCCUGGCCCCGGCCCAUUUCCAGCCAUGUUGGACCUGUGGGGAAUGGGUGGAGGACUGGUGGAGUACCGCUCCGCCCUGUUUGCUUCCAGAGGCUAUGCUAGCUUGUCCCUUGCCUACAUAGGGCACAGAGAUUUGCCCGGCCCACAAAACCGCAUCAAUGUUGGUGAUUCAUAUUUCAAGUCAGCAUUUCACCUUCUUCAAGAUCAUCAGCAGGUCUGCGCCAACAGAAUUGGGAUCAUCGGUCUCUCCUUUGGAGUCUACCUGACUCUUCGAAUUGCCACUCAGACCGGUGUCAAGCCAUCCUGUUUGAUUUGUAUCAAUGGCCCCAUAGGAAGUACCACCAAGCUCUCAGAUGCAGAUGGCAAGACAGAAGAUUUUGAAAGUGAACAGAAAUAUUGGACGUUUGAUGAUCAAGGGCACGUCAGUUUCCGAGACGUCUCCUUGCCUGCUAACCUUUCCUCUGAGAGCAAAGUGAAGAUUGAGCGCCUCGCCUGUCCAGUAAUGUACAUAGUGGGUGAAGAUGACCUGAGCUGUUCCAGCAUAGAGAAUGCAAACCUGAUUGAGGAGACCCUGAGGGCUGCAGGUAAAUCCCAGCUGUUCACCCGUCUGUCGUACCCGGGUGCUGGUCACCUGAUUGAACCGCCAUACACACCAAAUUCAAGAACAUCCCUGUGGAGCGUCAAACCAAAAAAGCGGAUAACUCUGUGGGGAGGUCAUCUCACACCCCACGCUGCUGCCCAGGAAGAUGCCUGGAAUAAGAUCCUGGGUUUUAUGGAAAGUAAUCUAAGAGGGUGAAUCUAUGGUGAAUAAAAAUCGUGAGAUAGAAAACGGCUACUCAUAAAUGUGACAUGAAAUGCUGCCUUUAUCGGAGAAAGAUUUACUAGCAGAGAAUCCAGGGAGACAAAGAAAUGUGUUGUUUCUGGACGUAAAGGACCUCCUAGAAGUGCUGUGUAAUUCAUAUGUAGCAGGCUAUGGCUCUCCCCCAGGGGGAGCUGAUUGGUCACUGUCAGAACAGUCCUUAACCUGCCAUGAACACCACCAGAAGGGAAGAAAAGUCAUUUUAGCAGCAGUUUAGACUCAUAGAUGUUAUAUCACCGUUAUUUGUCUUGCCUCUAGAUGGGACACGUUACAUGUCUACAUCUGCAGGAGUAAAUUGUUGCUGCUGUCCUGACACAAGGUGGCCCAGCUCAGACUGUUUGUUUAGAGAUACAGGAUAUUGGCUACAUCCAGUAUCACUGUGUCCUUAAUUUUCAUUUAAUUUCAUGUUUAUUUGAUAGGGACAGAUACAGUAUACACAGAUAAUUGCAUUCAACAAUUCACCGCAGUACAAUGUAUCACAGCAUUUUUAGCUACUGCUAAUUUCCAAUGACUGUCUGUAGCCUUUAAAAUAAUAACAGGCAUAAAUAAUGUUCACGGACAACUAAGUACAAUGUACAUUUCAUUCUAUACAACAAACUUAUACAAAACUAAACAGAAGUUCUAACAAAGAUCCAUCUUGGUUAAAAUCUUAUCAGACACCUUGUUCAUAUACACUCAGUAGUACAUCACUCAGUCCCACAUAAACAAAUCAGACAUUUUCUGUGAUGCUCAAAUUUUUAAUAAGUACUAAUGAGUAAACAUUAUAAGAUGCAACGUGAUUUCUUGUCUUAAUUAUGUAAGAAAUUAAAUUAUUUUAUAGAGCUAUUGUAUGUA